AUGGAAAAUAGUAAUUUUUCAAAUUCUCGUUGUUCGCUACCAAUUCUUAACAAGCCACAACUUAAAAAUAAUGACGUUGAUCGAUGCAAAAUAAUAUCUGAUGAUAUAACUACGACAAAAAAACUUCUCUGUAAACGAUCAUCACAAUCAAGGAUCCAACGUUUAAAGCGUACUUUAAGUCUUACGAAAAAUUUGGAUAGAGAAGGGGAAGAAAGUAUAAUUUGCUGCAACACCUACGACAAUAUCAUGAAAGGUUCUGAUGCUAUGAUCCCCUUAAAUAAUUCAUCAACAAAAGAAAAUUGUCCCGUCCAAUUCCUUCCUCGUUCUAUUAUCGUAACAAAGAAUAAUGACAAAGCACAACAACAAAACAACAAUUGCACUUGUAGUGAUGGUACGAGGAAGCGCGUAAAAUCAAAUAAUAACAAUCGUUGUGCUACCUUUUUCUCACAAUUAUCUUCCUCAUCAGUUUCUUCGACUGAUGGUGAUUCUUCCGCUGAAAGUUCGGCAAACUUUUCCAGCAUCAACGUAUGUGAUACGAACGUUGUUGAAUCACGUGAUCAAUUUGAUCCCACGGCUGCGCCAAAAAACCGAAAUUCCUUGGAUGAACGUACGAUUAAUAAUAUAAGGCGUUCAUGGUCUCAUAUUGAAGUACGACACUUCAAAGGAUUGUUCAAGAGGAAUCGCGAUAAUGAUGUUAAACGAAGGAACUCUUAUGCUCAUACCACUUCAACGAGGGCUAAUCAACAAAUCGCCUCGGAAUCCGAAUUUAAAGUGUUGAAUCUUGUUCACAAUGUUGACAAUGCUUCAAAUGAUGCUGAUGAAAAUUCAACUAGUUCAGAUGAGGUUGAUCAUUCACCACCGAAAAAAUUGCCUGUUGACUUGUAUACUUUACAAGCUAACAUGGAGAAAGAAACUGAUGCUGUCACAAGGGCGCGUCAAAUGAGGAAAUUUAUCAUUAGUGAGAUUUAUUCGACCGAACAGAGUUACCUGGCUCAUAUGAGGACCCUCAAAAAGAUCUUCAUGGAUCCUUGCAUUCAAGCAUCGUUGACACCUCAUCCACUUAUGAUUAAAGAUGAUGUAGAAAUCAUUUUUGCUCAUAUAGAUGAAUUGAUAAAUCUUUCCGAUACCAUUGUAGAAUCUUUUGAGAUUUCAAUGGACCCAUGGGAAGAUUAUGAUUCGAUGAUGGGUCAAGUGUUUCUGAAAUAUGGAAAUAAGUUUGAGGUUUUCGAAAAAUACGCUGAAAAUAUUCAGAGAAGUCGUCAAUUACUUGCUAAAAAAGUCAAUCAAAGCGUAUUAUAUCGCAAAUUCGUUUCGUCUCAACGAAAAAAGGAAAACAUUAAACUUAAUCUUAAUGAUUAUAUGAUAAUGCCCAUACAGCGCAUUACCAGAUAUUCUUUGUUGCUUAAAGAAUUGAAGAAACAUACAUCAGAAUCGCAUACCGAUUAUAAAGACAUGUGUGAAGCUUUAGAUAGCAUGUUAUCUUUAGCUUCUAGAUGCAACAACAACAUCCAAUGA